AUGACAGUUCCAAAAUCUACGGUGCCAGCAGUACCGGGCUUGGCAGCUGUGCAAACCAAAAACCCGUCGUCGUGGGACGCUCAAGAUGACGUCCUGCUGCGCCAUCUCAAAGAGGUCAAAAAACUGGGGUGGAAGGAAAUUGCGCAGUACUUCAAAAAUAGAACUCCGAACGCAUGCCAGUUCCGCUGGCGCAGACUGCGGUCUGGGAACUUGAAAACAGCGGGGAAACCCACCGAAUCUUCGGAGGACCACACUGGCGGUGCUGGGGCUGACCCCCAGCACCAGUCCCUCCCGCUGACGAUGUCGGCGUCGGCAUCGCCCGCACCAACAAAUUUGGCGUCUGCUGCGGUAGCAGUUGCAGAUGCAAAACCGAUCACCUUGUCAAACUCCUCCACGGGCUCUCAGUAUGCGCCAACUCCAACACCUGCCCUUCCCACCGCUUCUGUGGCCGCUCCCGUUGGCGCCUCUGGCUUUGGUUCUUCUUCUGCUGCCACGUACAAACCAGGCUCCAACCCGACCUCUACUGCUGCUUCAAGCCGGUCCAUGACCCCUGUAAUAGCAGGUGGAAUUGCGAAAAACUCUUACAUGGACGCUCCGAUCAUCCCCUCUGGACCGGCAUCGGCCCCGGGGAUUCCCAUGCAGUCGGCGCUUGGUUACCUCCCAUACCAGCACCUCGCUCACCAGCCAUCGCUAAACCGAAGAUCUCAAUCCCAUUCUAGUAUAGGCCCAGACAAGUUCGUGAAGCCGAGAUCCUACUCUCAUACCAUGGCUCCACCUUCCAGCUUGCUGCACCCUUCCUCUGCCUCCCACUUACCAUCUAUUGAAGUCAACAAGACUCUAGAGGACGAAAACUUGGGGCUUAUACCUAAAGUCCUCGUCCGCUCGAGACGAUCCUCUGUGGCACAGCAUGCGCCGUUGCCGCACAUGAAUUUAUCAACACCUGCAUUGGCGUCCACUUCUUCAAGCAAUCUAACAGCGGCCCUCAAUACAACGUUGACGACUUCGAAGCUGCCUAAAAACUCCUUUUCUUCGAGACCCAGACGCUCGUCUUUCCAUAUGGCGGCUCCAGAUAGAAUUUACUCGACUCCCUCUCGCAGAGGCUCUGUCGUGCAAGCACCUACCUCGGUCGCUUCACUCACCAGGCGUGAGAGUUUCAACAACCAUACGUCGCGCCGUGAUUCCUAUAUUCAUCCCAGAAGAGAGAGUUUCGUUCAAAUUUCUUUAGAUAGACGCGAAUCGAUUUCUAACUAUACUGAUGUUCCGAGGUCUAAUCUAGCAAGCUUCACGCCUGCUAUGGGAACCGGCUUAAGUCACGCACAUUCUGCAGCUGAGCCACUAACCUGGUCCCUGGAUGAAGACCGUCUUCUUCACGAAAGACAAGAAAAGCACCUUUCUUUAGAUGAACUCAGCAUCCUUCUUCCACACAGAUCUGAAGAAGAAAUACAGUGGAGAUUAGGAACUCUGGGUGUUACGUCUUCCUCCCCAGCCAGUAAUUCGCCCCUAGAUUCCCCGGAUCGAUCGCUCACAGACGAUACGGCGAUUGAGGAAGAGAGUAACGCAGUUACUGACGAGAAUCCACGUCAUCCGUCGCAGGUGGUGUUCGACAUAAAAAAAGAGGUUUCUCCGUCUUUGUCCCUUUCCCCAAGCUCAAAUGGAAGAGAAAAUUCUCCUGUGUUUUCACCCCAUCCCAUAAAUCGCGAGGCUUCUCCUGCUACAUUUGACGCCUCUUCAAAAGCUGGAAUGGGUCAGUCUCUCGAGGACCCGAAGUACAAUUGUUCACCCAGCUUGAGCGAACACCGUAGCGUUCCAUACACUGCUGUCAACAGCGCCGGAAGCUCUGUUGCGCACAGAGCUGCCCUGCCUCCCCUUAACAGUCUUUUAAAAGACAUACUUUGA